UUUUUUUUCACAUUGAGCAGGUUUUCUCUGCUGAUGCUUGACCUUGAAGAAUAUUACUUUGACCAUCACACAUUUUAUCAUGUAUUUAUCAACAACAAAGGGGAAGAAAGAAUGUUUAAAGGUUCCCUGAAGAUAUGUUCAAAAUCCCUGAUCUUUGAACCAGAUCAAAUAUCAGAACCUGUUUUAAAGUUCCCUUUCAGAGAGUGCAGCAGAAUUGAAGAGAUAGAAGAUAAAGACAAUAAUCCUUUUGAAGAAAAUCAUAUUUGUGGAUUCCGCAUCACUUGCCGUCAGAUCUGUUUAAUCAAAGAGCAAAGAUUAGUGGCUCCAUAUAAAAUUGAACGAGGUCCGAAGGACUAUAUUUUCAGAAUUGAAGACAUUUCAAAAGCAGAAGAUGUUGUGCAAAGUUUACUUCAGCUUCACAGAGCUUCUCAGUUGGACAAAACAGCAGACCAGAUUGCCAUGAUCACAGCUAUUUUGCAAUCUCGAUUGGCUCGGAUUUCAUUUGAUAAAAACAGAUUUCAGAGUGUAACAGAAAGGCCCCACAUGGAGUGUGAGGCUGAAAUGGUCACCCCUUUGGUAUCUAAUCCUGGGCAUGUUUGCAUCACAGACCAAAACUUGUACUUCCAGCCUCUGAAUAGCUAUCCUGAGACAGUUGUACAAGUAAAGUUGCACGAAGUAAGACGGAUUUACAAAAGGCGGCAUGGAUUAAAACCUUUGGGUCUUGAGGUAUUUUGUACAGAAGAUGAUCUUUGUUCUGAUAUCUACUUAAAAUUUUAUAACUCCAAAAAUCGUGAUGAACUCUACUACUAUAUUGCAACCUUUUUAGAAAAUCAUAUUACUGAACACACAGCUGAAAGCUGUAUGCUCCAAUGGCAAAAAGGAUAUCUCUCAAAUUCUCAGUAUCUCCUGCACCUGAAUAAUCUGGCUGACCGCAGUUGUAAUGACCUGUCUCAGUAUCCCAUCUUUCCUUGGAUCAUAGCUGAUUAUACCUCCUCAGAAUUAGAUCUGUCCAAUCCUGAAACAUUUCGUGACCUUAGGAAGCCAGUCGGUGCCUUAAAUAAAGAACGUCUGGAUCGAUUGUUGACUCGCUAUCGGGAAAUGCCUGACCCAAAGUUUAUGUAUGGAAGUCAUUAUUCUUCUCCAGGUUAUGUCCUCUUCUACCUUGUGAGAGUCGCCCCUGAGUAUAUGUUGUGUUUACAAAAUGGAAAAUUUGACAAUGCUGAUAGAAUGUUCAACAGUGUUGCAGAGACUUGGAGAAAUUGUUUAGAAGGUGCAACAGACUUCAAGGAGUUGAUCCCAGAGUUUUAUGGCACAAAUUCCAGUUUCAUUAUGAACAAUUUGAAGUUGGACCUUGGGAAGAGGCAGGGAGGGAAGCUGGUAGACUCUGUAGAGCUUCCACCAUGGGCUUCAGGCCCUGAUGAUUUUCUCCAGAAGAACAGAGAUGCUCUGGAGAGUCAGUAUGUUUCUGAACAUCUGCAUGAAUGGAUCGAUCUCAUAUUUGGCUACAAACAAAAGGGGAGUGAAGCUAUUGCAGCCUAUAAUGUGUUUCAUCCAUUGACUUAUGAAGGUGGAGUUGAUUGGGACAGCAUCGAGGAUCCAAAUCAGAAGAUAGCAAUGCUGACCCAGAUCCUUGAAUUUGGACAGACUCCGAAGCAGUUGUUCACCAGCCCACAUCCUCAAAGGAUAAUGCCAAAGUUUCAAACCCUUUCUAAAGGAUGCAGCCGAAGUACUUCUAUAAACGAGUUGCCUCCAGUUUCUUCCUGUGAAGACUCCUCAUUUGAAGAUUUGACAGAAGAAAGUCUAAAACUAGCUUGGAGCAAUAUUAGCAAACUGAGUAUAGUUUACCAGCAGAAGAUUCACAAAGAGGCAGUGACUGGCAUCGCUGUAGUUCGCGAUGGAACUUCGGUCUUUACAACUUCCCAAGAUUCAACACUAAAAAUGUUUUCCAAGGAAAAGAAAUUGUUACAACGGAGUAUGUCCUUUUCAAAUAUGGCAUUGUCAUCUUGUUUGUUACUGGAUGAUACGACAGUCCUUUGUUCGUCGUGGGACAACAAUGUAUAUUUUUACUCAGUAGCUUAUGGACGAAGACAAGAUACACUCAUGGGUCACGAUGAUGCUGUGAGCAAGAUCUGCUGGUAUAAUGACCAUUUAUAUACUUCUUCCUGGGAUUCUACAGUCAAGGUCUGGAAAUGUGCCUCUGCUGAUCUCACUAACUCAAAAAAGAAUAGCUGUGAACUAAUGGCUGAGCUGGAACAUGAUGCAGGUGUAAAUACAAUAAACCUGAAUCCUAUCGCCACAAUGCUUGUUUCAGGCAGCAAGGAAGGGACUGUUAGUAUUUGGGACCUCACCACCUUAACUGUUUUACAUCAAGUCCCUUGUCAUUUAGGCACUGUCAAUGAUGUUGCAUUCAGCCCUGAUAGUCGCCAUGUUCUCAGUGCGGGAGAAGACUGUUAUCUGAAAGUUAUUGAUGUACAGACAGGAAUGUUGAUCUCCUCUUUACACACAGAUCAACAACAAAGGUGUUUUUGCUGGGAUGGAAACACCGUUCUCUCAGGCAGCCAAUCUGGUGAACUUUUAGUAUGGGAUCUGAUGGCUGCAAAAAUUACUGAAAAAAUAUUUGCACAUUCAGGUGCCGUGACAUGUCUUUGGAUGAAUGAGCAUUGCAGCAGCAUCAUAACGGGAGGGGACGAUAAACAGAUUAUUUUCUGGAAGCUGCAAUACUAAGUGCCUUUCUUUGAGACUUUGGCUUCUAGCACUUUGUUUUUUUAAAUGAAGCAGAAACUGUUUUAAAGCUGCAUUGUCCAUGAUCUAUAUUAUUAAGGCAAUAACCUUCAGUACAAAGGCAAAAUUCUGUGGAUGCUGGAAAUCUCAAAUAAAAACAAAAAUUGCUAGAAGUACUCAGUUGGUGAGAUAACAUCUUUGGAGAGAAAAGCAAAGACAACAUUGCUGAUCAAAAUGAAAGGUUCUCAUCUUCUGAAUAUUUCCAGCAGUUUUGCUUUUGAUAUAACAAGAUAAGACUCCUUGUAGAAAUGUAGGAAUAUUUAUCUUCACUCAAUAAACCACCUACAGCAGCAGGAGCAUGGAAAGUUUUGUAAUCUUGCAUUGGUUCUUCCAGCAUGCUAUGUCACAAUGCAAAAACAAAGUAGUUUUGAAUGUUCCUGAUACUGGAAAAAGAUAAUGAAGUGUAGGGAAAUGUAACUAAUUUUACUUGGAUUUCACCAAAGUUCAUACUGCUGAAUGAGUACUCUGCAUUAAGUACAUGACAAAUCUAAGUUCACCUCGUGUUAAGACUGCAUCAGCUGGGUUGAGAUUAGUCAGGAAAUAGCAGAAUCAGUUGUCAUAGAAAAAUUCAGAACCUCAGCUGAGCUAAGGUUUAACUUUUAUUCUUAACUCCUUUUUGUUUUCAGUGGACAGGAGACCAUAACAAACCAAAUUGCAUGUUUGUCAAAACAGAUGUACCUACACAAUCCACAAGUGCUUUUAUUGUAAGCUAAAUUGUGAAAUUUGAAAAAUGUUUUACACAGUUAAUGUAAAUAUUGUUGGGUAUUAUCAAUAGGUUUUUAAAAAUUAUGCUUGUGCCUUGAUGUCCUUUAGUCUCCUAAGAACUUUCUCGAAAAUGUUUGCAUCUGAGAUAGUUACUGGAAAGGUUAUAUCAACUAUUUCAAGCAGUGCAGAAGAUAAAGACUUUUCCAGUGACUAAGUCCUGUGGGUAAAUCAUUUUGUGAAGUGGCAUUGGUCAUGGCAAUAUGACAAAAUUGAAUAUUUCAUUAUAAUUUAAAACUUCCUGAAUUUAGAUUCUGGAGAAUUUGUCAACUGGAAUUAUAUGAGCAAAUCUUUCCAUUAACUCUGCAGAUGGAAAAUAAGGAUUAUAAUAAUAUGUGGGUAGAGUUUGCAUUUUUAUCUAUUGGAUAAUAUAUUUGAAAUGUUUAAAUUACAUUUUUAUUUCUGCAUGACUGCAUUAAAAUUAGACAUUUAAUCAUGA